GUCGCCCAUCAAUGAUUAACCGCCAGAUUUUGCAAAAAUUGCUGCUUAUCGGCUCCGGGCGGCGGUGGAUUUCAUGCUCCUACUCCGCCGCCCAAGCUCUUAAGCUUUCACUGUCCCCCGGUUGCCGGAGCUCUGAAUUUCUUGGGGUUUCUCCUCAUGGUUGCAUCUUUAAACAACCAACAAUGCUUCUUUACCCGUUGUUUAAAAGUUGUAUUUACGAAACAUUUUCAACUCAUUCUUUGUUGGAUCAUGAUCAACUUGGUGGUGAGAUAGUUGUUGAUGUUCCUUUGGCACAAACAGGUGAAGGUAUUGCUGAAUGUGAACUUCUCAAGUGGUUUGUUCAAGAGGGGGAUGAUGUUGAUGAGUUCCAACCACUUUGUGAAGUCCAAAGUGACAAAGCCACAAUGGAAAUAACUAGCCGUUACAAGGGAAAGGUGUCGCAAAUUCUUCAUCUCCCAGGGGGCAUAGUGAAGGUUGGGGAAACCCUUCUUAAGAUGAUUGUUGAAGAACCAGUUGGAAAUUCGCCUUUGGGGAAGGUAGUAGAGUCCAAACCUGAUGAUUUAAUUGGUAAAAAAAAUGUUGGAGUUCUCUCAACUCCUGCAGUUAGGAACCUCGCCAAGCAAUAUGGAGUAAACGUAGAUGAUAUCAAUGGGACUGGUACCGAUGGAAGAAUACUAAAGGAAGAUAUUGUCAAAUACGUCGAUAGUCAAGAAGAAACUAUUAGAGAAGCCAUGGAUUCCUCUGUUGUAGAGAAUAAGCACCUUCAUCAUGAUUUCCAGGAUAAAACAUUUCCUCUCAGGGGAUAUCAUCGUGCUAUGGCUAAAUCGAUGAGCUUGGCUGCAACCAUUCCGCAUUUUCAUUACGUAGAAGAUAUAAUCUGUGACGCACUUCUGGAAUUGAAAACGUCUUUCCAAAAUGAGAAUUCUGAUCCUGAGGUGAAGUAUACACUUCUUCCUGUGUUGAUAAAGUCACUAUCCAUGGCUUUGAACAAAUUUCCGUCGCUCAACAGCUGCUUUGACGAGACUAUGCAAGCUGUUACAUUGAAAGGAUCUCAUAAUGUUGGAGUUGCGAUGGCCACUGAACAUGGUCUAGUCGUACCAAACAUCAAAAGGGUUCAGUCUCUCUCGAUCUUGGAGAUCACAAAGGAACUAUCGAGGUUACAAAGAUUGGCAGGCAGUAACAAACUUAGCCACGACGAUAUUUCUGGUGGGACGAUUACUUUAAGCAAUAUCGGAGCUAUUGGUGGGAAAUUCGGUUCUCCGCUUGUGAAUGUUCCGGAAGUUUCUAUAAUUGCCAUUGGUAGAGCAAAGAAAGUUCCUCAUUUUGACGUAGAUGGUAACCUAUACCCUGCAACUGUCAUGACUAUAAAUAUAGGUGCGGAUCAUAGAGUUUUGGAUGGAGCAACUGUUGCAAGGUUUUGCAAUGAGUGGAAACUAUUGAUUGAAAAACCACAAUUGUUACUACUCAACAUGAAAUAAAUUUAAUG